AUGACAAUGCGUCUAUCACUAUAUUAGACAGUCAGCUUAUGCAUUAACACGUGGAUCGAGCAAUCCAUUUAUCUACAUUAUACUGAAUAACAGUACUUCUAUUCAGCGCUAUCACACCACUACGGAAUCGCUAAGUGCGCCUAGGACCCUGAAGUCUCUAAGAUAAGAUUAGAUAACUCUGACAUUUGAUAAAAAAGUAGUCUUUGAAAGAAUUGAAGAGUGAACUAUCCGUACUGCUAUUUUCGGCAGCCCUUCAGACGGACCGCGUGCUUUUAUUCCCCGAAAAGAAAAGAAAAGAAAAAACACUAAGAUUUCGUUUUUCCACGACACGGAUGAGAGCAGCAGCACCUCCUGCAGUGUACUUUUGUAUCGCGGCGCAUCGGGUUCCAGUGUUGUUCCAGACGACUCUUUUUUAUUGGAAAAUGUCGUGUAAACAAUGUCCAUUUCGUGUUUUUACAGAGACAAACAAAAUAUGUUCCGUAAAUAAGAAGACCGGGAGAUAAUGCAGAUAGCUAACUAACCGACCGUUGCCAAGGCUUCCCGUACGUCAGAAACCAUGAAUAUCUGCAUGAGGUGGUUGUGGCGGUUGUGGCUCAGGUCGAGUCUCACCAAAUCCCUCCCUUUCUUGGUGGUGACGGUGUUCUGCGCACAUCAGAUCCUCUCCAAUGACCCAUGGCUUCAUUCGAGGAGCAGGAGCGACGAAGUGGUCCAGGAAGUGGAGACUCGGAAAGGGGAGUCUCAGAGCACCGUCGCCGCCGCCGUCGCCGCCUCCGCUCGGGCCUCCGACGGACUCCCUCCUUCAGAAGUGCCUCUCCCUUCUUCAGGUGACUGGAUUGAGGUCGCGGGGUCGCCCAGGGAAGUGUUCGCGUACUCCGCCUACCUCGAUCGCCGUGGCCACUUCAACGUCGUCCGGGUUGUGGCCAUCAUCAUGAAACGGAAGAAGGUGAACGAGUGCCAGGUGUGGAGCAAGAACAGCACCCAGCGCCUCGCGGCCAAGACCCGAAUAAUCCACGAAAACUGGAACUUGGCUUAUUCCGCCGCCUUCAUCCUCUGCGAAAUCCCUGCCUCCCUCGAGCCGACCCGCGUGGUGCCAGUCGUCAACGGCCGCGGCGAAAGGAGCUCCAGUCUGUCGUCAGGGUGUUCCCCGAAGGACCCCCGCUGGGAACCUGAGCGUAUGCGUCAGCCCUUCACUACGAGUUCAAUAGAGCUGUGUGGUUGGUGGAGUUCAUCGAGUUCUACCGGCUGCUGGGAACGGAUCAGUUCAUAUUAUACAACCACACGGUGGGCCCCGACGUCCAGGAGGUCCUCACCUUCUACCAGCCUUAGUGUAGAGUCACAGUCCUCCCUUGGGCGCUGCGUCGGUGCUCGGAUGCGGCCGCGAAAACGAGCAGAUUAG